GCCAUCUUUGUUGUUGUGGUUAGCUGUGCUCAUGAUUUCGUCCACGACCCAUCGUCAUAAAAAAGGAAAAAAUGACUCAAAAACCUCACUGAGGAACACUUAAAGACCUUAGAAUUGAACUCGAGUCAUUCAUUUAACUAUGGACAYAUCGGUAACGUCGAUCACGACCGAGGAACCAGCUGAUCAGCAGAAGAAGUGCAGUGAUUGUCACAAAUCAUUUAAAAGCUGCCAGUGUAAGGCUUGUUCAAAAUGUGGAUCAUUAUUCAAUAAAUACUGGGGUACAAAUCUUGCUAAAGGAAGGUCACAUUGCAGAGUAUGUUUUGCAGCUGUUUGUCUGACAUGUCAUGUUGUACUUAACAACACAUUUAAGAUCUGUACAAGAUGUCAUAUCCGACAAAAAGAGGAAGAGCUAAGCACACAAAAAGCUUUGUCUGCAAUUGACAAGGCAAAGAGUGGGCGGAGUGACUCAGGGACGUCUCAGUUGUCGUCUGAUUAUGUCUUCAUCAAUGUUGCUGCUGCAGGAAGCAUGACGAGUGACCAGAAGAAGGAAGCUUUAUUUGAGGCCUCUAAAAAGGGAGACCAUUAUGCUCUGGUAACACUACUCAAUGCUAAUGCAGAUGUCAAUGCUAAAGAUGCCAGCAGGAAUACUCCAUUGUUUUAUGCUGCCGAAGGAGGAUUUCUUCCGUGUGUGGCUCUUCUCAUGGAAAGAGGUGCAAAUAUUACCUUGGUCAAUGAUGCUUGUUGGACACCAUUACAUGCUGUUGCUUGGAAGGGUUCAACAGAUGACCAUGUGGAGUGUGCCGAGUUACUCAUUCAGAUGGGUGCAGACGUUUUCGCUCUAACCAGUACAUCAGAAACAGCAGCUGAUCUAGCUGAACGAUGUGGAGGCAAACUAGAGCUGGUGCAAUUACUGAGGGCUGCAGAAGUUGAUGUUGCUGUCAAGAAAUUACAGAAAAGAUUGCGAAAUGUGUCGUCUAAAGAUGUUUUGAUAAAGUUGUACAUAGAGGCUCUUAUUCGUCAUAUUACUAAGGACUUGGAUCAAAGUUGGUUAGAGGAAGACAACAUAAGCCAGUCCUCAAGCUCCAAUUCAAGUCCAAUACUUCUGCGAGCUUGUAACAAGAUAGAAGAAAACAACCGAGGAAAACUAACCCCAGAAAAAUUGUUGAAAAACAGUUGUAAAACAGCCUCUCUUGAUAGGAGAAGUAAUGUAGGCAAAGAGCUGAAGUUCGACAACAAAGCCUCGACACUCAGUCGUGCAUUUGGUAGUUCCCAAAACCUAACAAACAUUCCUCAAGCUGAUGUUGAGCCAAUUAUACGGACCGAUUACACAACUUUCCCGCCAUCUAAUACUGCUUCACUAGAGGAAAAACUUCGUCAAAGUCAAUCAGAGACUGAAGAUGCAGAGAAAAGGUGUAAGAGAUUGAUGCAAGCCAUGGCUGUGGCAGCAGAGGAUCAUGAAAAGGAGGUUUCUCAACUAAAACAAGAGAUGGAGCAACUCAAAGAAAAAAAUGAAAUCACCCUUAAAAGGGUUGAGGCGACAUACGUAAAUAAAAUUUCCAUGAUUCGACAAGAAGCCGAGACGUCAGUACAUGAGGCUAAUGAACAAGUGAAACAGGUGAUGAAGGACCGUGGUGACUUGCUGCACUUACAGGAUACUUUCCGUCUCACGUGGGUCCCUGAUGAGUUGGUAGCACAGUGUUCCAGUCCAAAAUGCCGAGCUCCAUUCUCCCAGACAAGAAGACGACACCAUUGUCGCUGCUGUGGUCGAGUGUUUUGCAAAGUGUGCACAGAUCAAUCUUGCAAGCUAACAGCAUUUGGCUACCAUCAGCCAGUACGGGUGUGUAACCCAUGCUAUGCACUGGUGGAGGACAUGUUCCUUAAUGAGCAAGAAAAAACAUGAUACUCUGACGGCCUAGAGAAUUAGAAAAUUUAAAUCAUUCACUCUAAGCACUUAUGGUAGCAGUGCAUCCAGGGGUUGCUUGGAUGUUUGUGACACCCUUUGCAUUGGCAGUUUAUUGGUUGGGAGGGAGGGAUGAUUUGAAGCUACAGUGUAGAGGGGAGUGCCCCUAUCAUGAAAGAUCUCUGGACACACCUCUGUACCACUGUUGCAGUGUUCACCCAUCGAGGUCAGCAGUGCAGCUAAUGCUUUGCAAUUACCCUCCAAGGUUGAUAUCCCCCACACUCUGUCCAAUGCUUUCGUCUUGCUCAAAUAAUCAUUCUCAACUUUCGUAGCAUUUUACAUAAAAUUUUACAAAAAAAUACUUAGCAAAGAUUUUUCAAAAAGCUUGCGUAUGGCUACUGCUUACUCCACCCCUUCCCCCAGGAAUAAAAUGUACUUUACAGGGGGAAGGGAUAAGUAGUUAGUUUAUAGACACAUCAAAGAUUAUUAAUUGAUAAAAAAUUGAAAUGAUUUGAUUAUUAAAGUUUAUUAUUAUUA